AUGUCGCAAAUUGAGGGCAGCUCGCUCACCAACGGCACUCAGGACCAAGGCAACCCAUCACAGAUCGACUCGCAGGACGUGCGGGGCGAGGGCAGCCAUCAGCCAGAAACGUCCAAUUCUGUAGCAGAGGCUCGCCAGCGACGGAGAAUUGCGCAGCUAGAGGAGAAGCUAGAAGCCCUGGAAUCGGGUCGCGCAGUCAGAGAAAAACAGAUGAACUACUAUGUGGCUCAAGGAAGAGCGGUCAGGCAUGUUAUUUCCCUAUUCAACAAUACUGAGGACCUUGUUGCGGAAAACGACAGAUGGUAUGAGGUUGAUGAGGAUGCAGACCAUACCCUCGAUCAAGAUCGGCUGCAAGUUGGGUACAUCACCCUCAUGAAUACCUUGCAGUGGUUUCAUAAUAAGGGGGACAAUACCUCCAAACUCAAAGCUCUUGUUUCUGAGUGGGUCAACUGUGAAUUCAAGCCAGAUCCCCUGGUUGAUCCAGACGAUAAACAUACCCACAGGUUCAUCAACGAUGGGUGUGGAAGAUUGCUCUGCCCAGCUGAGCUUAAUUGGAAUGACCCAGCCGUAAGGGCAGGGAUUUGUGAUCACUCAGACAGCUAUUUUGUUACAGAUCUAUCCUUUCCAGCCUUCCUGUAUGAAAAAUAUGCCUCCAAUCCAGAUGAUCUGGAGGAGGGCCUUUUCAAAGGCAAAAUUCUCCUUCAAAGUUACAAAGCUGUGUUCACCUUGCCUUCCUCAGCCAAAGCUAUAGAAGGUGAUGGUGAUGGGGCUGAUAUCAUUGAGAAUAACAGAUGCACUAGGAAAGCUUGCUUCAGGGCUGGUAAAGUCAAGAAACAUGUAGCACAAAUCAUCAAGAUGGAAAAAGUUACUCCUCGCUCAAUCACAUACAUUGUGUGCCAGCCCCCAGGUCGAGAAGCUUGGCGCAGGGUUGACAAACUCCUUGAGUGGUGGACGAGGAAAGUCUUUGGAAGGAGUUGUCACAAUGAUCUCAGUAAUGCGGCAAAGGCCAACAUGUCUGUCAAUGCCCUUGCAAGGCAAAGGGCACAGCAUGAUGAUGCCCUUUUUGAUUCACUGUAG